CGACUGAUCGCGUAAUCCAGCCAAUCCCUACUGGCUCUCGGAACUAUCUGUUCUCUAAUUCAUACUUUCAAAACAUUUACGCGUGUAGUUGUGGGCUGAGUCCAGGCGCGUUGCAUCACUGAGAGUCAUAAAAAACCCAGUCCCGGCUCACCGGCAGAAAAGCAACACCUCACACUGUGGGAGACAAAAGCCCGAGGAUCCUCACCCACUUGGACAAGCCAUCGACCAAAGCCAUGGAGAUCUAUCCCUCCAAAGACAUGAAGAGGCCGAGAUCAGUGUUUUGCAGCAUAAAGCUCUUUGUUCUGUGCCAUGGCCUCCUGCAGCUCUCCCAGCUGCUGUACAGCUCCUACUUCAAGAGCACCAUCACCACGAUUGAGAGGCGCUUCGGCCUCAACAGCUACUCCUCAGGAACCAUUUCCUCUCUCCACGAGGUUGGAAACACCGUGCUGAUCGUGUUUGUGAGUUACUUUGGAAGUCGGGUUCACCGACCGCGACUCAUUGGAAUUGGAGGACUGCUGAUGUCCAUCAGUGCCAUGAUCCUGUCCUUACCUCACUUUUUAUCCGAGCCCUAUGAAUAUGACUCUGUUUUACACGAUCGCCACGACAUUUGCAACCUGCAGGUGAACUCAAGUACCCCAGAGUCCUGUGGCCGUGAUGAGACCAAGCGUCUGGCAGACACCAAUACGCUGUGGCUGCUCAUGGCCAGCGCUCAGCUGCUCUUCGGCGUGGGAUCUGUGCCUAUCCAGCCAUUUGGGAUUUCCUACGUGGAUGAUUUUGCUGGGCCUGGCAACUCCCCUCUUUACAUAGCCAUUCUCUUUGCAAUAUCUGUGUUUGGGCCUGCCUUUGGCUACCUGCUGGGUUCAGUCAUGUUGAGGAUAUACGUCGACGUGGACAGAACUGGCUUAGUGGCCAACCAAGAGCUGAGCCCCAGGGAUCCCCGUUGGGUGGGGGCCUGGUGGAUGGGCCUGCUCAUCUCAUCCGGCAGCCUGGCUCUAACCUCCAUCCCCUAUUUCUUCUUCCCCCGUAGGAUGCCUAUGGAAGGCCAUGUGAUUGUGGUUGAAACGGAUGCAGAUGAAGACUUGAAGAAGCCAGAGACCUCUUUACUUGAUUUCCUGAAGAUGUUCCCAAGAAUGUUUGUCCAGCUGCUGUUGAGCCCUUUCUUCCUGAUGCUGGUCCUGGCUCAGUGCUGCUUCUCCUCAGUGAUGGCAGGACUUGCUACCUUCCUUAAUAAGUUCCUUGAGCGCCAGUAUAGCGCUUCAGCCGCCUACAGCAGCCUGCUUAUUGGUGCUGUGAACUUGCCAUCCGUCGCAGUUGGAAUGCUGCUUGGUGGGGUGAUCAUGAAGAAGAGAGGUCUUUCCCUGAAAGCCAUUCCCCGCUUCUCUGUUGCCAUGCUAACCUGCUCCACCCUCCUCUGUAUACCUCUGUUCUUCAUCGGCUGUCCCACCCAGAAGGUUUCAGAGGUCAAUCAUUACCAAAUUGGACAGUAUGGCUCUGUGGCCAUGUGUUACUCCAAUUGCUCCUGUCCUGCCAGUGCCUUCAACCCAGUGUGUGGCUCCGAUGGAAUAGAGUACAUUUCUCCUUGUCAUGCAGGCUGCACCAACUUCACAAGAGACCCCAACAACACCUACAGGGUUCAGUCAUACACCAGCUGCAGGUGUCUGUCUGGCGGCCAGAGUCAGGCCCACCCAGGUUCUUGUCCAAACAGUUGUCCUCAAUUUCUUCUCCCGUUCAUGUUCAUCCUCUCGCUGGCAGGCCUGAUUGCCAGCCUCACCCACAACCCCAUAUAUAUGAUGGUUCUCAGAACUGUUCCCUAUGAAGAGAAGUCAUUUGCUAUAGGAGUGCAGUUUUUACUCAUGAGAGUGCUUGCCUGGCUACCAGCCCCUGCUCUCUUUGGGAUGGCCAUUGACACGUCGUGCAUCUGGUGGAGGCAUAUGUGCGGCAAGAAGUUAAGCUGUGGAUACUAUGACAACGACUUUUUGAGGAACCGGUACUUGGGCUUACAGGUUGGCUUUAAAGUCAUGGGGAUUGUCCUCCUAGCGAUGCUGGGCUGGAAGGUGCAGCGGACAAAGGAGUACAACCUGGAGAAGAGACCAGACGGACUCCUGUGACCCUGCAAUCUCUCGACACGUCCUCUUGAUCUGAGCUCCUCUAUUUCUUAGUGCUUUCUUGAGGUGUUUAAGUGUCAGUCCACAUUUUUGAAGAACUGUGUUGCUGGGCAAAUAUGUAUCAGUGAAGUGGAAAAGCCACGGUCAAGACUUGCCUACUCUGACCUCAGCUCACAGGACAAGCACCCUACCUGGGGCUUCACUGGCUGGAGUAGGGAUAUGAAUUUUCCAUUUUUUUUUUUGAUGCAUUUCAUCAAAUGCCCUGAAAGUUAAGAUGAGAAUUAACUUUGGCAACACAAACCACUCUUUACAAGUCGAGACAGGGCUGGAAUCAGCUAAACCUUCCUGUGUGGUACCUCACAAAAAUUUGACUAUGUCUAGUGGGCAUGAUUAAAAGACAGUGAAAAGCUAUCACACACAGGAUAAUGCCUUUGGUUACUAAUUGUUUGUUCCUCUGCCAGAAAUCUACCUAUGCAGGUUUCUUGUUGCAGUGGGAACAUAGCUAACUCUAGCUUAAUAUUUAAGUAUAUUUUUUUAGGUGUUUGUCUCAUACAGUGAGGCAUAAGUGGCAACAUUAUUACCUGUUUGAUAUGUUAAACACUGUUAAUCACAUAUUAUAUGACACUUGAUUUAAUCAUUAUUCAGUGGAUUUACAAAUAUCAAAGACACUGUUACUCGUAAAUGAACUGAGUUACAUGCAGUAUAUCCAAUAUGCUACCAUGGUUCUCAGUUCUGAUGUGUAGCCUACCAUCCAGUUAUCUGGUUACUAUUACAAUGCAGUAAAUGAAUGUGUAAAUAUUACAGGACAAUAAAAAAG